AAGAAAAGGUGUAUGCUUCAAAAUAAUGAAUCCUAUAUACAAAAGAAGCCAACAAAAAAGGCGUCUUUAUAAUAAGAUAAAAAGUUUGAAAAAUGAGAUAGAUAAUUUAAUGAACAAGUACAAAACAUUGAAAAUUGAAAAGAUUGAAGAAAUUGUAAAAGAUCUUUCAGCUAAACAAAAAGAAGCUGUUAGAACUAUUUUUAAAGCUUCAUCUGUAAAAUCUCAAAAAGGAAUGAGAUAUUCUAAUGACUGGGUAUAUGAAUGUAUACUAAUGAAGAUUAAAGGACCAGCUUUAUAUAAAAAGAUUAGACGUGACAACAUUUUACCAUUACCAUCCCUGUCAACUUUACAGAGGUAUAUUCAGCAAUUGCAGCCUUCAUAUGGAUUUCAAGAGAGUGUUUUUAAAAUGAUAGAAGAAAAAGCUAAAUUUAUCCCUAAUUUUGAAAAACACGGAUGUUUGAUAUUGGAUGAAAUGGCUUUAACUCCAGCGGUAUCAUUUAAUAAAUCCACAUUAGAAGUUGAUGGUUGAAGAUGAAAUGGGAGAUCAUGCGUUGGUAAUUAUGUAUCAACCUUUUAGAGAUUCGUGGAUUCAAGCAAUAGGAGCAUUUUUA